AUGGCAGAUUUUGAUAUUUUACCUAUGCCAAUCAAUUGUAUUUCAACCGAAGAAUAUGGUAAUGAACAUUUCAUAGAAAUCCAUUUGGACGAACAAUUUAACAUGGGAGAAAAUAUUCAACUAUGUAAAGUAUGGAAAAAGAAAGAUAGUAAUGAAAUGACAAUCGUAAAAAGUUACAAAACAUUUCAUAAUCCUGAUCAAUGUAUAGAUUUUAUUACAUCAUACGAAUGGCGAAAAGUAUUUCUUGCACUUACUGAUAAAUUCAGUUAUCUACUCGAAUUAAUUCAUAAUCUACCACAAAUUGUUUUUUUCUAUAUUUAUUCGGAAUCACCAGACAUCGUGAUAUAUAAAAAAGAACAAUACUCAAAACUACGAACUAUUGUUCAAAAAAAUUCAUCCGAUGCAAACAAUCAAUUAUUGGAAGAUAUUGAAAUAUUUCGACGAGAUUUAAUGCCAAAUGUUGUGAAGCCUAUUAAACCCAAAACCAAACUUCUAAUACAAGAAGCACUCACUCUCGAUGAAUAUUUAGUCAUUUGGUUACAAGACGACGAAAAUUAUACAACAAUUGACACAUCACCUAUAUCGGAUAUUAUUAAAUCUUUAAAAAUAUUUUUCAAUUUUGAUCAAUGUAUUGAUUUUAUCAAAUCAUCUAAUGAUAAAAGAAUAUUUUUUAUUUCAUCACAUUCAAAUAACAACAUGAUAGUAGACAAAAUCUCCAAUUACUCACAAAUUAUUGCUAUUUAUAUAUUACAAAUUCAGAAAGAAUUAACUAUAAAUUCAAAACUGUCCAAUCCAAAAUUGCAUGGUAUAUUUUCAAAUAUUAAAAAUCUAUCUGAAGAAUUAUCCAAAGAAUAUGAACGUUGUCUAAAACAUUCACCAAUACCCAUAAGUGUCUUUCUUCGAGAUAAAAAUGUCAAAACAGUUCGAGAUUUAAAUAAAGAUAAUGUUCGAUUUUUAUGGUUUCAAUUAUUAGUUGAUAUUUUAAUUAAAAUACCAUAUAACGAUCAAGCAAAAGAUGAAAUGUUAUUUGAAUGUCGAAAACAUUAUGGAAUACCAUGUAAGGACGAUGAAAAUAUAGAAAAUUCAACAAUGAACAACCAUAAUGAAACGGCAGAAAAAGCUAUGUUAGAUUUUGAAAAGAAUUACAAAUCAACAGAAGCACUAAAAUUUUAUACAAAUGAUUCAUUUCUGUAUCGUUUAUUUAAUCAAGCUUUACGAACGGAGAAUAUUGAUUUAUUAUUCAUAUUCCGAUUUUUCUUAGCUGAUAUGUAUAAACAUUUACAAAAAUUAUAUUCCGAACAGUAUCCUGAUAAAAUUCCACAGACUGUAUAUCGUGGACAACUUAUGACUAAUCUCGAAUUCAAUAGUGUAAAGGAUAAUGUUGGUCGUUUAAUGUCAAUUAAUACAUUCUUUUCUACAACUGUAGAUUUUGAUGUUGCAGAAAUGUUCUCUGGAUGUGGUACAGAUCCAGAUCCAAAUAUCCUAUCUGUUCUAUUUGAAAUUGAAAUAGGCAUUAUUCAUUCAACAAUAAAAAGACCAUUUGCUUCAAUCAGCGCUUUGAGCAAAUUUCCUGAAGAAGCUGAAAUUGUAUUUUCAGUUGGAUCGAUAUUUCGUAUUGAAUAUGUUCAAGAUAAACGAACAAUCAAAGAAAAAGGAUAUUGGUACGUAAAAUUAAAGUUAAUUGAAGAUGAUAAUGAUAUUAGUGAACUUCGAAAUGAAUUAGAAAACGAAUAUUGUAAAGAAAGUAAUAUAUGCAGUCUAGGACAAGCUCUGACAACAAUGGGUGAUUAUGAAAGGGCUGAGCGUUUUUAUCAUAUGUUACUUGAAUAUAUUCAUGAAGAUAAUCAGAAUACAUAUCGCAUUUAUUCAUGUUUAGGAAAGCUUGCAUAUCACAAAGGAGAUCAUCAAACGUCCUUGAAUUAUCUUGAAAAAGCUCUAGAAUAUUUGAAUAAACAAACUUUUUAUAAUGUACAAGAAAAUAUCAGCCAAGUAUAUGUCGAUAUCGGUGUAUCGUAUCAUGGCCUUGGUAAACUUGAUUUAGCUAUGAAAUAUUUUACUAUGGCUACUGAUAUUCAGACAUCACCUAAAUUACUCUCCUACACAUACAAUCAAAUUGGUUUAUUAUAUCGUGAUAAAGAUAAUAAACAUUUAGCAUUAGAAUAUUUUCAAAAAGUACUACACAUUGAUGAACAAAUAUUAAAAACAAAUCAAUACAAACCAGAACUAGCAACUGCGUAUAAUAAUAUCGGUGAGAUAUAUUCAAAAUUGGGUGAUUAUGAAAAUGCUUCAAAAUAUCUACAUCAUGCCUUAGAUAUUCGUCUCAAGGGUACCAUUUCUACGCAUACAGAUCUCGCUGCAAUUUACAAUAAUUUAGGAACUGUCUAUUUUGAGCAAAAGGAAUGGAAAAAAACAUUGGAAGUAUUAGAAAAAGCACUUGAGAUUGAUACUAAAAUAUUUGGUAACAAUCAUAAAUCAUUAGCUAUAACACAUAAUAAUAUUGGUGUGGUAUACGGAGAUAUGAAUGAUCUAAAUAGAGCUCUAUAUCAUUCAGAGACAGCAUUAAGAAUACUUUCGCGAUCACAAGCUGGUGAAAACGAUGUUAAUGUCUGCAAAUUUCAGUAUAAUAUUGGGAUGAUACAAUUUCAGUUAGGUAAUAUUGAUAAAGCAUGGAAAAUAACACAGAAAUCAUUACGAAAUCAAUUAAGAAUACUGUCGGAAAAUCAUGAAAGUUUUGCUCAUAUGCAUUUCUUAUUAUCAAAAAUAUGUAACAAAGAAAAGGACAAGACAACAGCUUUGAAAUACAUGGAAAAAGCUCUUGAAAUUGCUCGAAUUUCAAUUCUACCGUACGAUAAGUCGAAAUUUCAAUCUUUUCAGAUUUACUAUGAUAUGCUGAAAAAUGAUCAAUGUUAUGAUGAUAUUGGACUUCGACAAGUAUAUAAGAAUCUCUACUGUGUAUCAGAUAAUCCUGAUGAACAAGAUUAUCUAAUGUCAAUUCAUCAUAAAGAACUUACACAGAUUUCACCAGAUGAUAUCAUAGAACGUCUUCAAUUACUCAAUAGUAUCGCAAUAAUUUACGGAAAAAAAGAAAAUUAUCACAUGGCAAUUAAAUAUUUUGAUGAAGCCGUUGAACUUUUCAUUCAAAAUAAAAAAUCUGAUAGAUCUUUUUCGCAAGAUCUCGAAUACAUUAUCAUAUCGAUCUAUUAUAGUAUGAGUCGCAUUUAUUAUAAACAAGAGGAUUGGACAAUGUCAAUCAAUAGUUUAGAAACUGCGCUUGACUUUGCUUUAAAACAAAAGCAACAACAUCCAAUGUUAGCAGAAAUUUAUCAUUCUAUAGGUUUAUCUUAUAAACAUAAACUAGAUAUUUUUAUGGCUAUACAUUAUUUGGAAUUGGCUAUUUCAACAGCUACAAAGGAAUUGCCUAACGACCAUUCGCGUGUUCAAGUAUAUUUACACAAUUUGCGACAAUUAAAACCAUCGAUAUAA